CAAUUAACAAACGAUACAAUUGUUCACCAAAAGCGAGCGUAUAAGGAAAUUCUCGCGGCAAAACUCAAACGGAGCCACAGUGAAAACAAGGAAGUGGUAGUGGAAUAAUAACAAGCUCGGAACUUCACGAGGUCAAUGUCGUUGCUGCACCUUUUAUACACAAUUGUAAAUUCCGUUCGUCGUUACCGGAUAGAACAUGUGGCUAGGUAAACGAAUACUAAUGUAAGACUGCUGGUCGAGUAAACCGUGUAGCAGUGCCAGCCAAGCAACGCUGAUAAACCCCUCCAGCCUGUGGAAGGUGUACACGUAUACAGGUGUGUGCGCGGCUGAUUUCUUGCAAGGGCAUCCGCGGUGUUCUCCGCAUUUCGAUCGUCCAAGUGUCUACAUUUUACGGUAGCACAUUUACGUGGGCAUUAUUCAUUUUCGCAUAUAUCUAUCUGCGCAGACAUGCGAAACAAAAGACAGUCACACGUGAAAGACGCUCAUGUACUGAACGCACCUGUGUCAGGGAGCGACUCUGUAAAUAUUGUGACAAACCAUUUUUCUAGCCCACCUGACUCUAAAAGAGAAGAAUUUAGGAAGUAUUUAGAAAGAGCAGGGGUUCUGGAUGCUCUUACAAAAGUACUUGUAUCGUUGUAUGAAGAACCAGAAAAACCAGAUGAUGCGUUAGAAUAUAUUCGCCAAAAUUUAGGGGGUAUCACAGAAGCUGAUAUUGAAGUUGAGACAUUAAAGAAAGAGUUAGACGAAGCUAAAGCCAAGAUAACAGAGUUAAAAGCAAAAUUGGUUAAAUAUGAAGCAGAUGAGGGUGCAGACAAUUGAACCACGCGAAAUACUAAACUAUAACAGAAUACUAGUCCCUGCUGGACACUGAUUUUCACAUGAAGUCAGACCAACCAUGUGCCUUACAAAAUAGAUGUAGCAAAACAUUUAAGAGAGUUUAAAUCAUAAGAUAAAUUAAUUCUUUUCUUUUUUGACAAAUUUCAUUAGUUGUAAGUCCAUUUUCAAAAUGGAGUUCACAGAAGUAAUAAGUGACACUCUC